GCUUAGAUGAGGGAGAGAGCAGUCUCGCGUAACUUUGCCGAGGAAACAGGGUUAUAGCAACAGUGAAGCCCAUCACCAGGCACAACGGGACGGCUGUGAGAGGGACGCUGUCGCACUUCAGUCUUUCUGUUAGGUGGUCCACCACAACCAGAUCUGAACAGUUCACACCAAACACACACCCAGCGUAGGAGGAUGGCGGUGAAUGUUUACUCCACCUCAAUGACUGUAGAGAACCUGAGUCGUCAUGACAUGUUGGCAUGGGUCAACGACUCUCUGCAGCUCACACACACAAAGAUUGAGCAGCUCUGUUCGGGUUCUGCUUACUGUCAGUUCAUGGACAUGCUGUUUCCAGGGUGCAUAUUAAUGAAGAAAGUAAAGUUCAAUGCUAAACUGGAACACGAAUACAUCAACAAUUUCAAGGUCUUACAGGCUUCAUUCAAGAGAAUGAAUGUGGACAAGAUCAUCUCCGUGGAGCGGCUGGUGAAGGGGAAGUUCCAGGACAACUUUGAGUUCCUGCAGUGGUUUAAGAAGUUUUUUGAUGCCAACUAUGAUGGGAAAGAAUACGACCCUAUAAUCUCACGGCAGGGCCAAGAGGGAACGCCGCCUCCACCCAACCCAGGUCCCAUGAGAACAUCUCCCACAACACCAAAGACUGUUCCCACCCCCCCGAGGCAGAUAACCCUAGCACCAGCUCGCAGGACCACUCCCAUGACUCGCAACGGAGGAGACGCUGAGAUGGUAGAGCUCAACCAUCAGCUUCUGGAUCUGAAGCUGACUGUCGACGGACUGGAGAAGGAGAGGGACUUCUACUUUGGAAAGCUGAGGGACAUCGAGCUCCUCUGCCAGGACAAAGAAAGCCCAAUCCUCAACAAAAUCCUGGAUGUACUGUACGCUACAGAGGUAAACAGUCAAAACACACACAGCUCAAGCGAUGGAUUUGCACCACCAGAGGAUGAAGAAAUUGACGAAGGGGGACAAGUAGACCCGGAGGAGUUCUGAAUUGUUCUUCCUCUCUUCAUCAUCCUCCCCCCUUCUCUCGCCCUUCAACAUACUUCAUGAUUAUCGUCAUAGUCCCCUCUCUU